UUUGUGGUCCUCCCGGGGCCAAGGCGCGGGGCGGAAGGUCUCCUUCCCCGCUCCUGCGAGCAGCGGCAGUGUGGGUGCCUCGGGUCUGCGUUUGCGAGGAGAGCUGGGGGUGGAGUAGUCCAAAAUGUCAAAAAUUAGAAGGAAGGUCACAGUGGAAAAUACCAAGACCAUAUCUGAUAGCACAUCCCGAAGACCCAGUGUAUUUGAAAGGCUUGGACCCAGCACUGGCAGUACAGCAGAGACACAGUGUCGUAAUUGGCUGAAGACUGGCAACUGCCUCUAUGGAAACACGUGCAGAUUCGUACAUGGUCCUUCACCCCGUGGUAAAGGCUACAGCAGCAAUUAUAGAAGGUCACCAGAAAGACCUACAGGGGAUCUUAGAGAAAGAAUGAAGAACAAGCGCCAAGAUGUGGACGCUGAGUCCCAGAAGCGAAAUACAGAGGAAUCAUCCUCACCUGUUAGGAAAGAAUCUUCAAGAGGGAGACAUAGGGAAAAGGAAGAUAUAAAAAUCACUAAGGAGAGAACUCCAGAAAGUGAAGAAGAGAAUGUAGAAUGGGAAACUAAUAGAGAUGAUUCUGACAAUGGAGAUAUUAAUUAUGAUUACGUUCAUGAAUUGUCAUUGGAAAUGAAGCGUCAGAAGAUACAGAGAGAAUUAAUGAAGCUUGAACAAGAAAACAUGGAGAAGAGAGAAGAAAUUAUAAUUAAAAAGGAGGUUUCACCAGAAAUGAUUAGAUCAAAAUUGUCUCCAUCACCUUCUCUUAGAAAGUCUAGCAAAUCUCCAAAGCGAAAGUCAAGCCCCAAGUCAUCUUCAGCCAGCAAGAAAGACAGGAAGACACCUGCAGUAUCUUCUCCCCUUUUGGACCAGCAGAGGACUUCAAAAAGCAACCAAAGCAAAAAGAAAGGACCUCGUACUCCUAGUCCACCCCCUCCUAUACAGGAAGAUACUGCUCUGGGGAAAAAGUAUAAAGAAAAGUAUAAAGUAAAAGACAGGAUAGAAGAAAAACCAAGAGAUGGAAAGGACAGAGGAAGAGAUUUUGAAAGGCAAAGAGAAAAAAGAGACAAGCCAAGGUCUACUUCCCCAGCAGGUCAGCAUCAUUCUCCCAUAUCUUCUAGACAUCACUCAUCUUCCUCACAAUCAGGAUCAUCUGUUCAGAGACACUCUCCUUCUCCUCGCCGAAAAAGAACUCCUUCACCAUCUUACCCACGGACAGUCACUCCACCUUUACGACGCUCUGCUUCUCCUUAUCCUUCACAUUCUUUGUCUUCCCCUCAGAGAAAGCAGAGUCCUCCAAGACAUCGUUCUCCAGCGCGAGAGAAAGGGAGGCAUGAUCAUGAGCGAACUUCACAGUCUCACGAUCGGCGUCAUGAGAGGAGGGAAGAGACUAGAGGCAAAAGGGAUAGAGAAAAGGACACGAGAGAAGAACGAGAGUAUGAACAGGAUCAGAGCUCUUCUAGAGACCACAGAGAUGACAGAGAGCCUCGAGAUGGUCGGGAUCGGAGAGAUACCAGAGAUGCUAGAGACCGAAGGGAACUAAGAGACUCCAGAGAUAUGCGGGACUCCAGGGACAUGAGGGAUUACAGCCGUGAUAGCAAGGACAGCCGUGACCCCAGAGAUUCUCGUUCCACUCGAGAUGCACAUGACUACAGGGACCGUGAGAGCCGAGACACCCAUCGAAAGGAGGAAACAUAUCAGGAAGAAUCUCGGAGUUACGGCAGAAACCAUUUGAGAGAAGAAAGUUCUCGUACUGAAAUGAGGAACGAUUCCAGAAGUGAGUCUCGAAGUGAAAUUAGGAAUGACCGGAUGGGCAGAAGUAGGGGGAGAGGUCCAGAGUUGCCUGAAAAGGGAAGUCGAGGCACAAGAGGCUCUCAAAUUGAUAGUCACAGUAGUAGUAGCAACUAUCAUGAAAGCUGGGAAACUCGAAGUAGUUAUCCUGAAAGAGACAGAUAUCCUGAAAGAGACAACAGAGAUCAAGCAAGGGAUUCUUCAUUCGAGAGAAGACAUGGAGAGAGAGAUCGUCGUGACAACAGAGAAAGAGCUCCUAUGUUCUACACCUCCUGCUGCCCCUAUCCUUUGCCACCAGUGUUCUCAGGUCCUGCUGGGGGGACAGAGAAGAUCAGAGAUCAAAGACCAAGCUCACCAAUUCGACAUCAGGGGAGGAAUGACGAGCUUGAGCGUGAUGAAAGAAGAGAGGAACGAAGAGUAGACAGAGUGGACGAAAGAAGAGAUGAAAGGGCUAGAGAGAGAGAUCGGGAACGAGAACGAGACAGGGAGCGGGAGAGAGAGAGGGAACGUGAACGGGAGCGGGAACGAGAGAAAGAAAGAGAAUUAGAAAGAGAGCGUGCUAGGGAAAGGGAGAGAGAGAGAGAAAAAGAAAGAGACCGUGAAAGAGACAGAGACCGUGACCACGAACGGGAGAGAGAAAGAGAGAGGGAGCGAGAUAGGGAAAAAGAACGGGAGCGAGAGAGAGAAGAAAGGGAGAGGGAGAGAGAGAGAGAACGAGAGAGGGAAAGAGAACGAGAACGGGAACGAGAAAGAGCAAGAGAAAGGGAUAAAGAACGAGAACGUCAAAGAGAAUGGGAAGACAAAGACAAAGGACGAGAGGACCGCAGAGAAAAGCGAGAAGAUAUCCGAGAAGAAAGGAAUCCAAGAGAUGGGCAUGAUGAGAGAAAAUCAAAGAAGCGCUAUAGAAAUGAAGGGAGUCCUAGCCCUCGUCAGUCACCUAAGCGCCGACGUGAACAUUCUCCUGAUAGUGAUGCCUACAACAGUGGAGAUGAUAAGAAUGAGAAACACAGACUCUUGAGCCAAGUUGUUCGACCUCAAGAAUCUCGUUCUCUCAGCCCCUCGCACCUUACAGAAGACAGGCAGGGUCGCUGGAAAGAGGAGGAUCGUAAACCGGAAAGAAAAGAGAGUUCACGGCGUUAUGAAGAGCAAGAACUCAAAGAGAAAAUUUCUUCUGUAGAUAAGCAGAGAGAACUGAUAGAAAUCAUGGAAAGCUCAAGAUCACGCACACAAGACAUUCUAGGACACCACCAGUGUGAAGAUCGAGAUAUAUCUGAUCGAGCUCAUGAAGAAAACAAGAAAAAAGCAAAAAUUCAAAAGAAGCCAAUUAAGAAAAAGAAAGAGGAUGAUGUUGGAAUAGAGAGGGGUCAUGCAGAGGCAGUAUCUGAAGAUGGUCAAGUGUUUUCACCCAAAAAAGGACAGAAGAAGAAAAGUGUUGAAAAAAAGCGUAAAAGAUCGAAAGGUGAUUCUGAUAUUUCUGAUGAAGAGGCAGCUCAGCAAAGUAAAAAGAAGAAAGGCCCACGGACUCCGCCUAUAAUAACUAAAGAGGAAUUGGUUGAAAUUUCCCGUGAUAAGGACAGCACUAUAGAAGAUCCUCAGAAAAAAGAGGAUACAGCAUUCAGUGACUGGUCUGAUGAGGAUGUGCCUGACCGCACAGAGGCCACAGAACCAGAGCACACUGCCAACGCUGCUACUCCUACGAGGACUCCUCCUCCUCUGUCCUCUCUUCUUCCUCCUCCUCCUCCUGUGGCUACUGCCACUGCUACUUUUGCCUCUACUCAUAGUACUACUGCUGCCACCACCUUUACCGCAUCUGCCGCCACCAUUUCCGCCUCAACCGUUUCCGCUACUUUUACCAAUGAAGAAUUGCAUAGAAAGUGUCACAGAGCACGAGUGGAGAAAAUAGAGGCACCUCAUGUUACUAUAGAAGAUGCACCACAUCGCAAGCCAGUGGAUCAAAAGAGGAGUAGCAGCCUCGGGAGCAAUCGGAGUAAUCGUAGUCAUACAUCUGGUCGUCUCCGUUCCCCAUCCAAUGACUCUGCCCAUCGAAGUGGAGAUGACCAAAGUGGUCGAAAGAGAGUGCUGCAUAGUAGCUCAAGAGACAGAGAAAAAACCAAAAGCCUGGAAAUCACAGGAGAGAGGAAAUCUAGGAUUGAUCAGUUAAAGCGUGGAGAACCUAGUCGAAGCACUUCUUCAGAUCGCCAGGAUUCGAGAAGUCAUAGUUCAAGAAGAAGCUCUCCUGAGUCAGACCGACAGGUCCACUCAAGAUCGGGGUCAUUUGAUAGCAGAGAUAGACUUCAAGAACGUGACAGAUAUGAACAUGAUAGAGACCGGGAGAGAGAGAGAAGAGAUACAAGGCAGAGAGAGUGGGACCGAGAUGCUGAUAAAGAUUGGACACGGAACAGGGACCGAGAUAGAUUGCGGGAACGAGAGAGAGAACGAGACAAAAGGAGAGAAUUGGACAGAGAAAGAGAGAGAAUUAUUCCAGAUUCUGUUGAAAGGGAUAGGGACAGAGACAGAACUUUUGAGAAUUCUUUCCAGAUAGACUGUGUAAAACGCAGUGAAGCAAAGCUGGAAGGUGAGCAUGAAAGAGACCUAGAAGGCACUUCUCGAGACUCUACAGCUUUUGAAAAAGAAAGAACGGAUAAGGAUCUGGGAUCUGUGCAGGGAUUUGAAGAUAUAAAUAAAGCUGAGAGAACUGAGAGUGUGGAAGCAGGAGAUGACGAAUCCAAGUUAGAUGAUGCGAAUUCACUGGGAUCUGGGGCUGGAGAAGGAUACGAGCCAAUCAGUGAUGAUGAGCUAGAUGAAAUUCUGGCAGGGGAUGCUGAAAAGAGGGAGGAUCAACAGGAUGAGGAGAAGAUGCCAGAUCCUUUAGAUGUGAUAGACGUGGAUUGGUCUGGUCUUAUGCCAAAGCACCCGAAAGAACCACGAGAGCCUGGGGCUGCACUCUUAAAAUUCACACCUGGAGCUGUUAUGCUGCGAGUUGGGAUUUCUAAAAAGUUAGCAGGUUCUGAACUUUUUACCAAAGUCAAAGAAACUUGUCAGAGAGUGUUAGAAAAACCCAAAGAUGCAGACAGCCUUUUUGAAAAUGAAUUGGGAGCUCUCAACAUGGCUGCAUUACUACGGAAAGAAGAAAGAGCAAGUCUUCUCAGUAAUCUUGGACCAUGUUGUAAAGCAUUAUGCUUCAGACGGGAUUCUGCAAUUCGUAAGCAACUUGUUAAAAAUGAAAAGGGCACUAUGAAACAAGCUUACACAAAUGCUCCAGUGGUAGACAAUGAAUUAUUACGAUUGAGUCUGAGGCUAUUUAAACGGAAGACUACUUGCCAUGGCCCAGGGCAUGAAAAGACUGAAGAUAAUAAACUUUCACAGUCCAGUAUCCAACAGGAAGUGUGUGUGUCUUAAGACGGAAACUUAGUAUGACAUUUUGGUACUGUCUUCCUUCCGCAGUGCAUAUUCUGUUUCAGAGCUCUUUGGUUUGACAAGCAUCAUUAGUGACAAAGGCAGAAGAGAUUUAUCAGCCAUGCUAAAAAGUGGAGAAGAACUAGUUUGGGCUAACUUAAGAUUUUACAUUAAUUUUUACAAGUACUUGAUACUCAUACAAAAUAAUGUGAAAGCACCUAGAUUUAGUAGUUCUGCACCUCUUGUUAAAACAGAAGAUUUUGAAAAUGGUUGUCACUGCUCUUCCAGCCUACAAGUAUUCUCUGUGAAAUGGAGCCACUGAUUGAUGUUCUGAAUCGCCCGUACAGAAGCGGCCGCACGCACGCUCUGUGCCGGACCGCACGCAGUGUGCAGGACAUGGAAUGCUGGCCUAGCAGGUGCUGUGGGCCAUGUCCAGCAGCAGGGAGGGAACCAAAAUGCUUUUUGUCCCUUUGAAAGGUUAUAAAAAAUUACUUAAUGCGUCUUUUUUUAUUUUAAUGUGUAUCGUUACAGUGUAUAUUGGGUGUAUUUGGAUUAUAAUUUUUUUGUAUCAGAGACUGUCUACUUUUUUUUUUUUUUUUAAUAAAUGCACCUUCCCUUUCCUUGUUCUAGAUUUACUGGCUCUUCAAUAACCCUAUUCCUGAUGUUCUGAAACAUUUGUCGUCAGCAGUACAUUUCAUGCUUUAAAUGUCUUACUGCUCUGUCACUCUGGACCGCUGUAAAUAACGUGGUGGGAGUGAGGAUGUGCUUCAGCUGUAGUUCGGUAAUACUUGAAACAAACACAUUUUCCUAGUUAAAAUUAUAUAGCUCUAAGUAUUGUAUUUAAAUUUGUACUGGACUUUCCUAUUUAAUCUGAGCUUUAAAAUCCCAUCAUUUUUCAGAGCUAUAGUCUUUGAUAUGAAGUGUAUUAUAUCAUAAAAAAAAAAAAAGCUGUUAAAUAUGUAAAAGCCUAUUUUAAUCUUCUUCACCAUAAAAAUGUUUGAUUACAUUAAACUGCUUCCAGCCUGUAAUAUGUAAAACAGAUUUGCUUUUUAAAAAUUGCAGUAUCCCAGCUUUCAUCUAUAUGUACAUAUUUAACUCAUGAAAUGGACUCUUAACAAGGGUUUGAAAUUUACUCCACACUACAGAUUUUGUGGGCAGGCAAUAAUAAUAAAAAUAAAGGAAACCAAUCAGAAUUAUAAUUUGAUCAGUACCUCUCACAGGUUUUUGUUAAAACCGUAGUCUUAUGUUAUUUGUCUCAGUAGCCUUGUUUACUUUUUUCUACGGGUAGGCGUAAUGUCACUGGUAUAAAGUUUCUGUUCAUUUCAACAGACAUUCACGGUACAGUUAAUUUGUGCAAGAUACUUAACCAGCAAAGGAAGUGGUCUUAUUUUAGAAUGACUUUGAAAGCAUGUGUACGAAAAUUGCCGAAAGAGCAAACAACAAAAAAAAAGGAAUCAAAUUUUCCUGAUGUCCGUUUCCUGGUUUACCUUUACUAAAUGUUUUGAAUGAAGAAAAAAUAAAAGACAAAAUUCUUUAAUGACCUCUUAGGAAACUGCUUCCUGAUUCUAGUGGAUAAUAUUGCUCGCUGUAGCAUAAAGAUUUAAAGUCCUAAAACUUGUAAUCCUGGUUCCCAGAAUUGUAGAAUGUGACCUUCCUUUUUUGCCCAUAAACUAGGAAAAUUUCACAAGUUAGUUAUGGAAUGAAAAUUUUGGAGUUCAUUCUGCCUGUAGUUAACUCCGAUGUCUUUUUAGUUUUGAAUAUCUUUUUGUUAUAUUUUGAAAGAAAUUUUUACAACUACUCCUUGCUUGGUCACAGUAUGCAGGGCUUUGUGUUCCCAGUGAGAAUGUACUGUUAAGUCUCAUAAUUUUUUUUUUUUUUAUUCAACCAUUCUCAGUAUUACCACUUAACUAUACAGUUCUUCUAAAGCAAAUCUUUCUACCAAAUUUUUCAUAAAAACUCUUGGACGAUAAUUAAAGUCUCAACUAAACCAGUGUUCCUGAAAACAUCUUCUUCCAGUCCAUAACUUAUUUGCUAGUAGUUACAGCUCUUCUUUCUCCUAGCUGGUGGAUCAGGUUUGUCCAUUUGCCAUAAUUGCACAGCUGUACUCCAGCGACUGGUAAUAUGGAGUUGUUGGAAUAGGGAAGGGGCAAGAAAAUGUCUGCAAUCCAAAAACAUGAGAGUUAACCAUUAUAAUUAGAUAAUUGAUUCAGCUGUUUUGAUUUUUUCUUUUUUUGGCAGCUCUCCUUACUAUUUAGUAAAGAAGUGUUGUACUAACUUAGAAGAGCUGGAUUUGUAGGUUUCCUUAAGAUUUGUUAAGUAUACCCAAGUAGUAACUUAAUAUAUUGAAAAAGUCAGUCUUGUCACUUCCCUUUACUUUGAUCAGUCAAUAAAGGUGGUCUUCCCCAUCCUAGCCCAUCACUGCAACACACAGGUUUUAUGACAUCCGUAUUAACUUGAACAUUUGUGGCAUCAGAAGCAUGUUCAGCAUUAUUCCUGACUGUCCAGGUUUGUAAAGAUUAAGGUAUAGAGUAUCUGAAUUGUUCAUGGUGCUUGUAAACCUCGGAAGAGUUGCUGGCUGAGCCUCAGCUUGUUAUUUAAAAAGAUCUAAUUCAACUUUAUUUCACCUGCUUUGAAGGAGUAUUCUGUUUUAUGUAUUUUUCAUAGCUAAAUGCUGUUAUUUAAAUUGUACUUGGACUUUAUUACCAUUAAACUAUAUAAACUUCCUUUUUUCAUUAGUUUUGUUGAUCUUUCCACUUAAAGUAUUUUGAAAAUGGCGAAACUAAUGGGCAAGGGAAGCUGAUUCUAUAUUUAUGUAGUAUAAUAGUUCUGUGUUGCCUUGGUGUGCAUCUUUGUGGGCCUUGUCGUUUUGAAUAACUUAGUCACAUUCUUUUCCAAACUAAAGCUCUUUUGGUUGUGACAAACACAGUUGAAGUAGCUCUGCAAAGAUGGGAAAUAAACACACACAUGAAUAAAAUACUUGUAAAUUGUAAUAAUUGCAAUGAAAGAAAAAGCCAGAGGGCUGAGAUGAAGAAUAGUAGAGUGCAGGUUGGUAGUGGGGUGCUGUUUUAGAUUGAUGGUCAGGGAAGGUCUUGUGUAUAUGAUGAGAUCUAAAAAAUGAAAAGUAACUAGCAGGGCAAAGAGUGAGGAAGAGCAUUUUAGAGGAACUGGAACAUGCAAAAGCUUGAACUAGGAAAAGAGCGCAUUCCAAAAACUGAAGGACUGGUGUGGCUUCAGCAUUGGGGGCGGGGGGAGGAUGGGAAUGCUAGAGAGGGAGUCUAGAACAGCACUGUCUAACAACUGUUUUUGGUGAUGGACAUGUUUUAUAUCUGUUCUGUCCAAUAAAAUAGCCAUAGCUGCGAAGGGCUUUUGAGCACGUGAAUGUGGUUAGCGCAACUAAGGGACUGAGUUUUUAAAAUUUUGUUUAACACUAAUUAAAGUAACUGUGUGCCUAGUGGCUACCGUUUUGAACAGUGCAGGUCUAGACCUUAGCAAAACCUUAUGGGGUAUUUGGGAGGUGUUUGCCAAAGUGGUACACAGGGGGAGCCUUUUUUGUUUUAAUUGUUUUAUAUUUAAUGUUAUAGUUACUUUCUGUGUAUGGCAAGUGGUGCUGAUUGUUGAUUUACUGUGCUAAUAUAACAUUUCCUUUUUAGAAUAAAUGCAAAUUACUAGAUUAAUUUAGGGCAGGCCAAGUUUUGUUUGCUUCUUGUAAGUUCCUGGGGUCACUGUCAAACCGAGGACACCUAAAUACAGUUUUAGGAACUGAGAUCUGGGCCAUCCAAAUUACCUGAGUCUGGGCAGCAGUUUAUGUAUGGGCACUUCCAGGUCACCAUCCUUACCGUGGUUCAGCCCUUGGAGUCUAGACCCAAAGUGCAAGCUCUACAAGAGCCUCCACUUUUGGUGUACCCGUACUCCAAUGUUUUCCACCUUCCCCAAGAGGACAUUUCAGCCUCCGUUACAGAUUGUCAUGUGCCCCGGGUAAAAUUGGCCCCAGAUGCCAGGUUCACCUCUGCAUUUCCAUCUCCUCCUGAAUCUUGCCAUGUCAAUCUGCUCUCCAAUGUUCAAGCAGACAUUAAAAAAAAAAAAAAAAAGUAUUUUGUGCAACUUCUCUAGUUCUCAGUGUGAGGAUUGGUCUGAAUCACCUAGUCUCCUGUUCACAAAAGAGUAAGUUUAAGUCUUUUUCUUUAUUUCCAUUUCAUUAUAUUUCUCCAUUUUAUUCCCUAUGUCUCUUUCCUGGUUUCCCACAGUGUUUAAGUACUUCUUUCCUGAGCUUACGGGUUUUUUUCCUGCUGUUACCUCAUCAUCUUUUCCCUGACUUCUUGCAUUUUGUUUCAUGGAGUCAUUAAAUUUUGAUAUUUAUGGUGGAAUAUUUUCAUCUGUUGUAUUGCAAAAUUUUUCAGGGGGUAAAUAUCAUUUACAUUUUGCUGAUUUUUUCUUAUACAGUGUCUUUUCAUCAAUCUUGUGACAGUCCCUUUUCCUUGAUUAUUUAGUAUUGAAUGAUUUGGAGUACCACUUGUGUACAGGAAAUACAGGAUUGGGGUCAGGGACAGGAAAGGAUAUGGUAGCCUUCCAGGCUUCAUAGUCGUUCGUAUUCUGCUGAUGCCAGAGGCAAGCUGCCUCAUGUAAAUGUAGCUCCUUCCUUUGAUGCCUUGUGUAGCCCUGCUGCCUCUCUGAAUCAAAACAGGUCCAGGAGGGCUUCUGUAGCCAGUUGUGUGCUCCCUAGUUCCCUCAUUGGUUUUUAGAAACAAUCAGCUUUUACAUGUUGGGGGGAACCCCUCCCACUCAAAAAGAGUGUUCUUUGCUGGACUUCAUGACAUCUGCCACUGUGGGUCCCUCCUUACUCUCUGCACUUCUCCUCACUUUCUGAAACCCCGCAUUACUUCUGCUAAAUUUCAGCUCUUUUGGCAGUACUUCUAUUUCGACAUCUGAAGAUUGUCUCCUAGUUUCACUGGAAAUAAAAUUUAUGGAAUUUUUUAGUCUCUGUUGCUUGUGUACAAUUUAUAGAUAGAGUGGAGAAUAUUGAUUUAGGCAGCCAUGUUCCUAUUGGAGUCCUCUCCAAACUGAAAUUUAAUCCAAUGGUUACUUUAGCUCUUGGCUUGUAUAGUUCCAUCAGGAUGCAUUCUGUCUUAGAUGAACUUUCACCCAUAAUGAAUUAACACUUGGGGUUAUAUCAAUAUAGAUCAAAUAAGCAAAAGGUUAGUGCAUCUGUUUGAUGUCAUCCUGAUAGGCAGGAGUCAUACUCUGUUUACAUGCUCUUUGCCACAAUUCUGACUGUGUCACAUUAAAAAAAAAAGUAAAGGAGACUGGGAAAUUGAGUGACUUCACUAGCCUCUAUAGGGUCUCUAUGAGUCGAAAUCAACUCGAUGGCACUGGGUUUGGGUUUUUUUGGUUUAGCCUCUUUAUUAGAAAUGACCAGGGGAUGAGGAUUGGAUAUAUGUGUUGAGUUUGCCAAUCAAUAGUGUCUUCCACAAUUUCAGUAGUAAACAGAAACCCUGGUACUUGUUCAGGCUUGUUGAUAGUAAUCUCUUGAAACUGACUAAUUGUCCAGAGACCUGGAUUCUAAUCCCACUUCUGCCACAAGCUGGCGGUGCGGCCUUGCGCAAACCACUGUACCUUGGCCUCCAUCUGUCAGGUAACAGGUGGUAGAGGAUGAUAGGAUUUUGUGCAGGAGCUCAGAGACUUGUCAGAGCUGUGUCAGUUUACUUGUUAGAAGCCGAGAGCAGCUUUUGGAGUACAGAAUAGGAAAAAGUGUAGUGAGAGGAAGAAAUAGGGCAAGAUUCUGACUAAGGAAAUCCUUUAAUGCUUGAUCUUCCUCUUCCAUCACAAAGUUUAAUACAGGGCAGGACUUCUGGGUCAGGAUUUCCUCUUGAUAUUAAUGUAGAUUAUACACAUACGUGUGUGCAUAUGUAUGUACGUAUGUGUAUAUAUCUGUAUGUGCAGUAUAUAGAUAUAUACACAAACACUCACUCCUCCCUUAUGGACACGGUUAGGUUCCAGACAUCAGGUGUUUAUGCAAAAAGCGACCAUUCAACAGGCCGCCUGGCUGCUGAUGCUUCUCUUACAUCAUCCUCUCACCCCAUUUUCCUAAUUCUUCACACUGCCCCAGAAUAGUCUUUCUAAAUCAUCCUAAAAUACAGUUGAAACCAACCUUGUUUCUAGCUGUGGUCCUGCCACUGCCAAGUUACAUAAAUGUAACAAGAUAGCAUGACAUUUAUCCUCUCUGAGUGUCAGUUUCUCAACCUGUGAAGUGAGAGGAUUGGGUUGCUGCUUGUUUUAAGUUUUCAGGACUUUUUCUGUCACUAAUAUGCUUAAAUUUCUGAAUGCUUCAUGUUUUCCUUGGAACAAAGUCCAUAUGCAUCACCUGAUCUGUGAAUCUCACGCAGUCUACCUUCUUGCCAGCUCUCUCUGUGUCCCAUCACAACUUGUCUUUGUUCUACACACAGCAGACCUUUGUUGCUCUGUGUCCUCGUUCACCUUUGAGACUCUAAGCUUUCCUAGUUGACUGAACAUCUUGAGUAUUGUCUUACCCAUCUUUGUGUGUCCAGUGUAGGCCACAGUACCUACCAUGUGGUAGUUUUUUUCCCCCUAAAUUUCAUAUGUUACUGUUGUUGAGAAUAUACACGGCAAAACAUACAGCAAUUCAACAGUUUGUACGUGUACAACUUAGUGAUGUUGAUUACAUUCCUCGAGUUGUGCAACCAUGCUCACCCUCCUUUUUGGGGUUGUGUGUCCCUCAUUAACGUAAAGUCGCUGACCCCUAAGGUUCCUGUCUGAUCUUUCGAGUUGCUGUUGUCAAUUUGAUCCUAUAUAUAUAGUUCUUAAAAAAGAGUAUAAUGCUCAAGGCAGGCCUUUUUGAAACUAAUGUUCUGUUUUAAGAUGCCUUCAGGUGAUAUUUUGGUUUAAGUUUCAAAGAUUAUCUCAGGGGAAUAGUUUCAGGAGUUCAUACACCUUCCAUGGCUCCAGAAAGUCUAGAGUCUGUGAGAAUUUGAAAUUCUGUUCUGCAUUUUCCCCCUUUUGAUCAGGAUCCUUCUAUGGAACCUUUGAUCAAAAUGUUAAGUAAUGGUAGCUGGACACCGUCCAGUUUUUCUGGUCUCUUGGCAAAGGAUGCAGUUGUUCAUGGAGGCAAUGAGCCACACAUUCCAUGUCCUUCUUCUGUUUCUGACCCUCCUUCUUCCUCUGUGAAUAGGGACUAAUUGUUGUGCCUUAGAUGGCCACUUGCAAGCUUUUAAGACUGCAGGCACUACACAACAACUAAACACGUCAUUAGGCCAAUUACCUGGGCUGUCCCAUGAAACCAUGACCAUCAGUCUCCAAACCAAAGAACCGAAUUUCAUGAGGUGUUUGGUUGUACAUAAGCAGCUUCAACAGCUACUCUUUUUUUUUUUCACUGUUGUAAAUACACCUGUCACACAACUUUUGCCAAUUCAACUUUUUACAGGUAUACAACUUAUUGACAGCAAUUAAAAUAAUUGGCUAUGCAACCAUACACUUAAUGUGAUUUUUCCAUCACCACUAACCAUUUGAUCCCAUAUAGAUAUAUGGGGUAUAUAUUACCCUUCCACCCCUGGUAACCACUAAUAAACUUUGGUUUCUAUUCUUUUGCCUUUUCUUCUCUUUUUAUGUAAGUGAAGUCAUAUAAUAUUUGUCCUUUUGUGAUUGGCAUAUUUUGCUCAGCACAAUGUCUUCAAGUUCCAUCUAUACCAUAGCAUGUAUCAAGACUUCAUUUCUCCUGCUGGCUGAGUAGUGUUCCAUUGUAUAUAUGUACCACAUUUUGUUUAUCCAUUCAUCUGUUGAUCGGCAUUUAGGUUGUUCCCACCUUUUGGCUGUUGUGAAUAGUGCUACAAUGAACAUUGGUGUGCAGGUCUCUUUUUGAGUCUCUGCUUUCAGAUCUUUUGGAUAUAUACCUAGGAGUCACAUGGUAGUUCUAUUUUAAGUUUUUUAAGAAACUGCCACACUAUUUCCACAACAACUGCAGUAUUUUACAUUCCCACCAGCAAUUUCCCCACAUCCUUGCCAACAUUUGUCAUUUUCUGUUUUUGUGUUUUUAUCUUAAUCAUCCUUGUUGGAGUGAAAUGCUAUCUCAUUGUGGUUUUGAUUUGCAUCUCAGGUUGCUAUGAGUCAGAGUCUACUCAACAGCAACAGAUAACGGGUAAUGGUAAAGACACUGAGCGUAUUACCAUGUGUUUGGUAGCCAGUUGAAUGUCUUCUGAUGAAAUGUCUACUCAAGCUCUUUGCCCAUAUUAUGAUCAGGUUAUUUGUCUUCUUGUUGUUAAGCUGUCAAAGUUUUAUAUAUAUUUUGGUUAUUAGAUUCUUGCCUUCUUGUCAGAUAUAUGGCUUCUGAAGGUAUUCUCCCAGUAGGUAGCUUGUCUUUUCGCUUUUUUGGUACAGUCUUUUGAAGAACAAAAGUUUUUAAUUUUUAUGAGGUCUCAUCUAUUUAUUUUGUCUUUUGCUGUUUGUGCUUUUGUGAUUGUAUUAGAUGCCCAUUGUUGAAAGCUAGGCCUGACAGCAUUGUCCCUUCUUGUUCUUCUAAGAAUUUUAUGGUUUUGGUUUGCAUAUUUCAGUUCUUAAACCAUUUUUAAUUUGUUUACAUGUAUGGUGUGAAGCACAGAUUCUGUUUCAUUUUUCUGCGUGUUGAAAUCCCAUUUUCCCAGUAAGAAUUUUCUUUCUCCAUCGAUUGGACUUAGCAUCCUUGUCAAAAAUCAGUUGACCAUAGAUGUGCGGAUUUUUUUUCUGGACUCAAUUCUGUUCCAUUGGUCUAUGUGUCUACUGCUGUACAAGUAACAGGCUGUUUUGCUUGUUGUAGCUGUAUAGUAUAGUUUAAAAUCAGGAAGUGUGAAUCCUCCUACUUUGUUCUUCUCUUUCAACAUUGCUUUAGCUAUUUCGUGCCUCUUGCCGUUCCAUAUGAAGUUGAGGAUUGGUUUUUCUAUUUCUGUAAAGAAGGCUAUUGGAAUUUUUAUCAGGAUUGUGUUGAAUCUAUACGUUAUUUUGCGUAGUAUUGACAUCUUAACAAUAUUAAGUCUUCCAAUGCAUGAACAUGGAACAUCUUUCCAUUUAUUUAAGUUUUCUUGAAUCCCUUUCAGCAGUGUUCUAUAAUUUCAUCGUAUAAGCCCUUCACGUUCCUGUUUAGAGUUAUUUCUAGGUAUUUUUUCCUCUUAGAUGCUAUUGUAAAUAGAAUUGUUUCCCUAAUUUCCCUUUCAGAUUUCUCAUUGCUGGUGUAUAGAAACCCAACUGAUUUUUGUGUGUCAACCUUGUACUCUGCAACUUCGCUGAAUUCCUCUAUUAGCUCUAGAAGUUUUCUUGUGGAUUCUUUGGGAUUUUCUAUAUAUAAGAUCAUACCAGAGCCCUGGGGAUGUAGUGGUUAAGAGUUUGGCUGCUACCCAAAAGCUAACAGUUCAAAUCCACCAGCUGCUCCUUGGAAACCCUAUGGGGCAGUUCUACUCUGUCUUAUAAGGUCGCUAUGAGUCAAAAUCGACUCAAUGGCAACAGGUUUUUUACAGGAUCAUAUCCACAAAUAGAGGUAAUUUUACUUGUUUUCCAGUCUGUAUACCUUUAAAUUUUUUUUCUUGUCUUAUUGCUCUGGCUAAGACUUCUAAUAGGUUGUUGAAUGAAAGUGAUGAGCAUGGGCACCCUUGCCACAUUCUGAUUUCAGUGGGAAAGCUCUCAGUCUUUUGCCACAUGGUAGUUUCUUAAUAAAUGUAGGAUGGUUCAAGAGAUGGAUGGGGCUUCCUCUGCUUUAAGUACCACCUAUCUGCUUGCCACUCACUCCAGUGACCCCCUUUACCUGUUAAAUUUGUACUUGCUCUUCAGUUACAGUUCCAAUGCUACUUCUGCUCCUGUUCCAAAUUAAUUGUUCCCUCCUCUCUGUUUUUUGGGCCUUUUGUUUUUGUCUCCACAAAACAUACAAAACGUAAUUUGUAUUAUGUUGUUAGCUGCCAUUGAGUUGGUCUCCGACUCAUGGCAACUCCAUGCGCAAUGGAGCAAGACACCACCCGGUCUUGUUCCAUCCCCAUGAUUAGCUGUAGAUUAGGUCAUUGUGAUCCAUAUGGUUUUCAUUGGCUGAUUUUUGGAAGGGGACCACUAGGCCUUUCUUCCUAGUCCACCUUAGUCUGGAAGCUCCACUGAAACCUGUUAAGCAUCGUUACCUGUUGCUGUCGAUUCCAACUCAUAGCAAACCUAUGGGACAGAGUAGAGCCGCCCCAUUAGGGUUUCCAAGGAGCACCUGCUGGAUUCGAACUGCUGAGCUUUUGGUUAGCAGCUGUAGCGCUUAAGCACUACACCACCAGAGUUUCCAUUAAGCAUCAUAGCAACCCUCAAGCCUCCACUGACAGACGGUUGGGGGUUAUGCAUAAGAUGAAUUGGCCAAGAAUCAAACCUGGUUCUCCUGCGUGGAAGUCAAGAAUUCUACCACUGCAGGAUGUCCCUACUGUACAUUACAUCAUGGUCUCUAUCACUUGUAUAUUUAGAUUGUAGUUGGGUGUAUAUGUGUCCAGCUUAAUUUCCAGAUUGUGAACAGUAUGAAUUCAGAGUCCAACUUCUAUUGUGCUAAAAUAUAUAUAAUAAAACAUUUGCCAUUUGAACCAUUUUUAAGUGUAUAAUUCAGUGACAUUACUUACAUUCACCAUGUUGUGCCACCAACAUUAUCCAUUUUCAAAUGUCUUCCAUCCCUCUAAACAGAAGCUCAGUGUCCCUUACUUAACUCCCCAUUUCUCCCUCCCCCAGUCCCUGGUAUCCACUAAUAAAGUUUUCUCUGUGCAUUUUCCUAUUCUAAAUAUUUCAUAUAAGUGGAAUCAUACAAUAUUUGUCCGUUUGUGUCUGACUUACUUCCCUCAGCAUAAUGUUUUCAGGAUUCAAACAUGUCAUAGCAUGUAUCAGAACUUCAUCUCUCUUCAUGGCUAAAUAAUAUUCCAUUGUAUGCAUAUACCACACUUUCUAUAUCCAUUCAUCUGUUGAUGAAUACUUGGGUUGUUUUUCAGAGACCAUUUUUUAAUCGAUCUUUUGAAUUCCCAUUUCCACCCCAUUCCCAGCACAGUGACUUGAACACUGAGACACUUAUUGAAUCAAGUUUGGAGUAAGAUUGGUCUAAUUUGUCAUACAACUUGUGGCACUUUUUUUGGUUUGUUUUUACUAAUUUAAGUGAAUAACAGAAGUUUAUGACAGAAUCACUGUAACUGAUCAUAUUCUAGUUGAGUCCAUUUAGAAAUUUGUCCUUAUAGUGUAGCUUUUUCCUCCAUAUUAAAAUGUAAAUAUAGGUCUUAAAGAUUUCUUAAAACCAUUGCCCAUAGUCAAUUCUGACUCAUGGAUGUUACCGGCUGGAAAUCCCAGGCUUUUGCUUGGAGUGACUCCUAUUGGCCAAUAAACGAGAGACCGAGGUGGGAGAACAGGAAAGGGACGUUUACUUCAUUGUACAAGCAAAAGGAGGCAGUCGGAGCUGCCGCCACCAAGACUGCUCCUCAAGGGCUAGCAGACAAGUUACUUUUAAUGGAUUUACAAGUAGGGAGUUCGUACAGUUUACAUCAGCAACAUUCUUCAUCACACCUCACAGGUGCAGUGGGGCUCACAUUUAACCUCCAAGCAAAAGCAGAAUUCAAAUCCAAAACUGGCAGGGUGGAAGACCAGCAAAGGAAACGGUUUUUAAUGCAACUGUGGGAGAGGAAGCCAAGCAAAGAAGAUAGGAUUUCUAAAUGCAACACUGCGGGGGCUCUGUCUCACUGUGGAGACCCUGUGUGUGUUAAGGUAGAGCUGUGUUCCGUAGGAUUUUUGAUGGCUGAUUUUUCAGAAGUAGAUCACCAGGCCUUUCUUCUGAGGCACCUCUGAGUGGACUCAAACUACCAACCUUUGGGUUAGUAGCUGAGUCCAUUAACUCUUUGUACCACCCAGGGGAUCCAGAGAUUUCUUAGGCCUUGUUAAUUUUUACUCUUCAUUUCAGACUUCUCUCCAUUAUUAUUUCUAUGUCAAUUAAAAUGGACAAAAAGAUUGAAAAUAAUAGCAGUAAAAUUAUUUUAAAAUCAAAACAUUAGUACAGUUUUUACACUUGUGGCGGCAAUCACAUCUCAUUAUUAUCUUCAUUCUCGCUCUGGCUCAGGCCCCCCGUGGAUAAGUGCGGAUUCUUCCCAUCUGUACUGCUGUCCUCUGCCCAACAUUUCCGAAUUCAUUACAACUGUUACAAAUCAUCAAGGGCAAUUUAAGGCAGCAAUAAGCUUUGUCAAAACCGUUACUAUGGUUAACCAGCUGCCUGGAACCUUCACCACCAUGGAGUCUGCCUCAGGAAGUUAUCUAACAAACCUGUUAUCAACCACCCAUGAGCAGCCCUUAAAGAGAUUAUUGCUUAAUUAAUCUUUGUAUUGUGCUAAUGAGGAUCUUAUAUGGGUUCAUCCUUGAAUUUAAUUGUUCAUAGAAAAUGUGAAUUCCCUAAAGGGCAAAUGUCGACAGGUUUCCUAUUAAAGUUCGCCCGCCUAACCAAGAAACCCUUUUAGUUAUUUUGAAGUUAAAAAGGCUAGUAGAUAAAUUUGUAACUUGAUGACAUUUCUAGUGGCUGCAUGUGAGAUGUUAUUACCAUCUCUUCUGAAGCUCUGUGACUGUUCCUUCAGAAAAGAAUCUCAUAUUACAGUUCUUAAGUGAAUGCUGGCUUUUAUUUUCAAUUGUCUCCUCAGGGUGCGGCAUAAAUUAAACUCCCUGCACUUAUCUUUAACAAGCAGACUUUGGUGGGGAUGGGAACUAGUGUUUGCCAGUAGUAACAUGGUCCAUUCAAGACCCCAUUAUGUUUUAAGUAUAUAUAGCCCAUCAAAGAUUGUAUGUAUUAAUUAAACCAGAUGAUCGUAUUGGACAGGUUUUUUAAAUGGGGGCAGUCCUGCUCACUUCACAUUCAGCUGUUAUGUGAGGUUUGUCUGUGACCUGGAGACACCAUGACCUCAGAUCUUAGUCCAUAAUGGUUUGUACUGGAACUCCAUGGUACUGGUAACUAGUAAUUACAAACCGUCUUCUUCUGGGUCCCAGUGCCCCUGUGCUGUCUUCCGUUCUCUGGUGAAAUGUGAAAUAGACCAAAUCUUUGCAGAAACACAAAAGACUGCUGCUCAGAUGGGGACACACCCAAGGUGUGUGUGAAGGAGACUUUAUAAGUUGUUUGUGUUAAAACAAAAAUCAUAUGAAGCCAGUAAAAGAAAUUGAUGGAAGUUUGUUUAAUAUACGAUUUGCAAAUUGGGGUAACAUUUUGUCUAGGGAGUCAAAUAUGUUCUGAAGAUGAGAAAACCUCCAGAGACUCUUAUACCCCAUCAUUGCAACACUACCAUGGAAAAGGGUAAAUAACAACUUACCCUAAAACACAGCUUCCAGUCUGACCCUGGAAUUUGUUUCUCAGAACUGACUGCACAUAGAUAGUUCUUCAAAACAGCCCAAUGCCCA